AUGAAGAUACUCGGGGCGCAAGGUAAUCCUUGUGCCACAACUCCAUAUAUAUUUCUCGUGCAGUUGCUCCUUCUUUGCCUGUGUUCAUUGUUCUGCACCGGUUUCCCCCAAUCAAACCCUACCAAAUGCCCCGGCAGCUCCGUCGACAUCCCAUCCCCUUUCAACAUCCUUGGCAACUCGAGCAUCUCGAGCAAUCCAUACUUCAACAUAUCAUGUGAAUCAACAGGGCCAACGCUAUCGUUCGGUGGCAAGCAGUACAGGGUCCUGGGCAUCUCGCUGCCCCAGGGCUAUGUACGUGUAACCGGCGACACCGUCUACACCCAGUGCCAGCAGAACGCUGGCCCGGUGACCACAAACUUCAUCAACCUUCAGGGCACGCCUUUCACCUUCUCACACACACUAAACAAGUUCACCGUCGUUGGCUGUGACUCCAUGGCCAUGAUACAAAGCCCGGACGUAACGAGCCGGUACAGGGGAGGCUGCGUGUCGUUCUGCGCUUCCGAGGGAAGCAUCAGCAGUGGCGCAUGCUCGGGGGUGGGCUGCUGCCAAGCUUCAGUGCCCGAGCAACUCAAGGUACUGAACUUAGAGUUUACCAGCAUACGGAGCCAACUCCUGCAGUCCUCCGGAUCUUUGGGGAACAUCAGUAAAAGCAGUAGCGCAUGGUGCAGCAAGGCGUUCAUCGUGGACCAAGGUUCCUAUGUGUUCUCCAGGGAUCACUUGGACAGAAACCUGACGAACCUGCCAAUGGUACUUGACUGGUCUAUAUCCGGCGGCAGCUGCUCAGAGGCGCGUAGUGCGCCUCAGACCUACAUGUGCAAGGAGAACACCGAUUGUUAUACCGUGGCAAAUAACACCGCGUACCGCUGCAACUGUUCUGCAGGUUUCACUGGGAACCCUUAUCUGGGAUGGCAAGAUUUUGAUUGCCACUAACUUAGGAUAUAUGCCUUAUUCUGAUUUCCCUUUCUCUACAAGUGCAUCAACAGACUUGGUGGUUUUAACUGUACAUGCCCGAUGGGCAUGACGGGGGAUGGUAAGAAGCAAGGCAAUGGGUGCAGUAGAGAUAAAACACUACUGAUUGCCGCAGGUGGAGGCCUGCCUUUGCUGCUUGUUCUCCUCAUGCUCGGAUUCUGGACCCACUGGCUUUUCACGAAGAGAAAGCUUGCGAAGAUAAGACAGAAAUUCUUUUUGCAGAAUGGUGGCAUGCUCCUGAAGCAGCAGAUGUUUUCUCAGAGGGCGCCGUUGAGGAUAUUCACGUCUACCGAGCUUGAAAAGGCAACCAACAGAUUCAGUGAUGACAACAUAGCUGGGCGAGGUGGAUUUGGGACGGUCUACAAAGGCGUACUAUCUGAUCAAAUGGUCGUGGCGAUCAAGAAGGCGCAGCGAGUCGAUCAGAGCCAGGUGGAACAAUUCGUCAAUGAGAUGGUCAUUCUUUCACAAGUCAACCACGAGAAUGUGGUCCAGCUAGUUGGUUGUUGUCUCGAGUCAGAAGUGCCAUUGCUGGUUUAUGAAUUCAUCACCAACGGGGCCCUUUUUCACCACCUCCACAACACAUCAGUCCCGAUGCCGUGGAAGGAACGCCUAAGGAUUGCAGUGCAAACUGCAACAGCACUUGCUUACUUGCACAUGGCUACAGAAAUGCCAAUUAUUCACGGAGAUGUCAAUUUCAGAUUCAGUUGGUAUAUUGAUGUGGAAAGAUGUGGGAAACAACACCGAGAGCAAAUAAGAGCCUCUUCUUGAGAGUCUCGGUGCGACGAGGAAAUGGAUACUGUUUAUGAACUAAGCUAGCUGUUUGUAAUAGUUGGUGGCCCACAUAUGGCUUGCCGGUAAGACCAAAG